AUGUUGGAAUCGGAUAAAGAAUUAUUGGAAAGUGUACUCAAGAGAAGAUUCUUCUUCGUACCUUCUUUCGAUAUAUACGGCGGUGUUUCUGGUUUCUACGAUUAUGGCCCACCCGGAUGUGCCCUUCAAGCAAACAUUAUUGACCUAUGGAGGAAACAUUUUAUCUUGGAAGAAAAUAUGUUGGAAGUGGAUUGUAGUAUACUAACUCCGCAUGAAGUUUUGAAAACUUCUGGUCACGUAGAUAAAUUUUCGGAUUGGAUGACAAAAGAUUUUAAAACUGGAGAAAUGUUUAGGGUUGAUCACCUUAUCGAGCAAACUCUGAAUAACCGUAUCGUUGCUGAGGAAUCUUCAACAAGCGUUGCGCCAAAGGAUAAAAAUUUAAAACAAUUGAACCAUUCUAUUCCUUUAGAUGGUGAUAUUAUUAGAAAAUAUAAAGAGGUAUUAAAUAAACUUGACGGCUACUCGGGUGACGAAUUGGCUAAAUUGAUGGAGGUUUUUGAAAUUGUUAAUCCUACAACAGGUGGGAAAUUACAAUCACCGAUGGAAUUCAAUCUGAUGUUUGAAACUUCAAUAGGCCCUUCUUCACAAAUGAAAGGGUUUCUGAGACCUGAAACUGCACAAGGUCAAUUUUUGAAUUUUAAUAAACUUUUGGAAUUUAAUAAUGGAAAAAUCCCUUUUGCCUCUGCUUCAAUUGGGAAGUCUUUUAGAAAUGAGAUUUCUCCAAGAGCUGGUCUUUUAAGAGUAAGAGAAUUUCUGAUGGCGGAAAUUGAAUACUACGUAGACCCUCAGGAUAAAUCACAUAAAAAAUUUAAAGAUGUGCAAAAUUGUAAAUUAUCAUUAUUGUCAAGAGAUAUUCAGGAAAGGGCUUCAGCAGUACCUGUGAGAAUGACACUCGGAGAUGCUGUGAAUUCAAAAAUAAUAGAUAAUCAAACUUUGGCAUAUUUUAUGGCAAGAAUUUACCAUUUUUUAAUAUCAAUUGGUAUUGAUAACUCGAAAUUAAGGUUUCGUCAGCAUAUGGCUAACGAAAUGGCCCAUUAUGCUACUGAUUGUUGGGAUGCAGAAAUCUUGACCAGCUAUGGAUGGAUCGAAUGUGUCGGAUGCGCCGAUAGAUCAGCCUACGAUUUAACUGUUCAUGCAAAGAGGACAAAGGAAAAAUUAAUAGUCAGACAAACUUUGGAAAAUCCAGUAAACGUAUCUAUUUGGGACAUCGAUUUUAAAUCUGGAAAUUUUUACAAAAAAUUAAGGAAACAGUCAGCAUUAGUUAAAGACCAUUUAACAAGUCUCAGUCAAUCAUCGCUUAAAGAAUUAAGCCUCAAGCUGGAACUUGAGGGAUCAAUACAGUUACAUGUUGAUGAUAUAGAAAAUGAUAUCGAAUUAACCAACGAUGACAUCAAGAUUGUCAAUGAAACGAAAACUAUACACGUCAGAGAGUAUAUCCCAAAUGUAAUUGAACCAUCAUUUGGGAUAGGAAGAAUUAUAUACGCCUUAAUUGAACAUUGUUUCUGGAGACGUCAGGAGGAUGAAGCAAGAGCGGUAUUUUCAUUUCCUGCUAAAAUUGCACCAUCCAGAGUUCUCGUAGUCCCAUUGUCAUCCAACAAAGAACUUGUACCAAUGACAAAUUUAACCACUUCCCUGUUGAAAAAAUGCAAAAUCUCAUUCAAAGUCGAUGAUUCUAGCGUCUCAAUAGGAAGAAGAUACGCAAGAAACGAUGAGUUAGGCACCCCAUUUGCGAUUACAAUCGACUUCGAAUCAAAAAAGGAUGAAACAGUCACAUUAAGAGAAAGAGAUAGCAAAUUGCAGGUUCGAGGAUCAAUUGAAUCGAUAGUCAACGCAAUAGAUUCAAUAAUCAAUGACGAGCUAUCAUGGAAGGAUGCCACUAAAAAUUUAACAAAAUUUGAAAUUCAAAAUACAGAAAACUAA